AUGCAAUGCUUGCGAGUUCACCUAAGAAAGCCACUACAACGAUGGCAGCUUUUGAGAAGUGGUCUUAGACGUUUCGAAACCACAAUUUGUACUGCUAAUAUCCUGGACAGUUUGAAAGAGAGAGGUCUGGUGGCACAAGUAUCUCAGCCGGAAUCAGCACUGGUGCAGAAACUGAUCAGUGGCGAAAAACUUGGCUUGUACUGCGGUGCAGACCCUACCGCCAGAUCUCUCCAUUUGGGAAAUUUACUUCCUCUGAUGGUAAUGCUGCACUUCUAUCUUGCAGGCCAUGAUGUUUUUACGCUAGUAGGAGGUGCUACGGGUAAGGUGGGCGAUCCAAGCGGCCGGAGUACCGAGAGAAGUGCGAUGGAAGAGUCGCAAAGAUUAGACAAUGUUGCCCAAAUUCAAGGCCAGCUUCGAGCCUUUUUCGAUUCUGGCUUAGCUUAUUACAGGCACAAAGUUGGCAAAACUAGCAGUGGCCGAACGACUCACACUAAUAACUUUGACUGGUGGCAUGAUAUGAAAAUGCUUGAUUUUCUGGCCAUGUAUGGUAAACACAUUCGAGUGCAAUCUAUGUUAUCGCGAGACUCCGUAUCUUCGAGGCUUAAUGGUCAAGAUGGAAUUGGGUUUAACGAGUUCACGUAUCAGAUUUUACAAGCUUACGAUUUUUACCAUUUGAACAAGACACACGGAGUUACAAUUCAAGUUGGUGGUAACGACCAGUGGGGCAACAUUACUGCUGGAAUUGAUUUGAUCCGUAGGACUUCCUCUAAGGCUACUAACCAACCAUUUGGUUUAACAGUUCCUCUUCUGACAACUUCGACAGGCGAAAAAUUUGGCAAGUCUGCGGGGAAUGCUGUUUUUAUAGACCCACAGGCCACCACUCCGUUUGAAAUGUAUCAAUACUUCAUGCACACAACAGACGAAGAUGUAGGCAAAUAUCUUAAAAUGUUCACCUUGUUGCCAGUUGAACACAUUGAGAAAGCGAUUCUAUCACAUACUAAAAAUUCUAAAGAGCGCUUGGCACAGAAAUUGUUGGCGCGUGAAGUUGUUGAUUUGGUCCACGGCGUUGGAAAGGGACAGGAUGCUGAAACUGUUUCUGAGGUUCUGUUCGGAAGUCGAAAACUGCAGCUCGCGGCAGUUGAGCUCAUCAGAAUUUUUCGAGAAGCCAAUAUACUAGCUACAUGCUCGAGAACCUUGUCGCUAGAGCAACUAAUAGUCGAUCUGACCGGGUGCUCAAAGUCUGAAGCUCGUCGGAAAGUUACACAAGGGAGUAUUUACGUAGGUCCUGAGAGGGUGAAAGUUGUUCGAAACACUGACAAUCUCGAACAGUUUUACAUUGAUGACCAAGUCUUGGUUUUGCGAGUAGGAAAACAAAAGUGCUUCGUUGCUGAAGUAAUGUAA